UAUAUAUUCAUCGUUUGUGUCAAAACAUAGGAGUGCAUAUUGCGUUUGUUCACGCGUUCAAUUCAUUUUAUUUUGUUAAAAAGCAUUUGGACAACAGAAAUAUUCGAAUAUUUGUCAAAUUUCAAGCACGAUUUACAUUUAGUUAAGUGGGAAUUCGGUUGAACAAAUCGAAGAAAAGCUAUUUCGAUUGCAUUUACAAAUACAUACCAAAAGUAAGGUUAUAGCAGCAUACGCGCUUAAUUUCUUGUACAACAAUAUAAGAGAAAAAGGAAACAAUGGUGCCAAUUGGACAUCCAGGUGCACCGCACAAUAUGCAUGGACCGCAUUCAAUGUCAUCAAUGCCCAGCGCACCAUCCGGACCAAAUACAUUGUCGACAAAUCAAUCAAACAAAGGGGCAUCAUCGGUGAAACCAAAUUACACAUUGAAAUUCACAUUGGCCGGUCACACAAAGGCCGUGUCAGCAGUAAAAUUCAGUGCUAACGGUGAAUGGCUCGCCAGUUCAUCGGCUGAUAAAUUGAUUAAAAUUUGGGGUGCGUACGAUGGUAAAUUCGAAAAAACGAUUGCCGGUCACAAAUUGGGUAUUAGCGAUGUUGCAUGGUCCAGUGAUAGUCGUUUAUUGGUCAGUGCCAGUGACGAUAAGACACUUAAAUUGUGGGAAUUGAGCAGUGGAAAAUGUUUAAAAACACUUAAAGGUCACAGCAAUUAUGUAUUUUGUUGCAAUUUCAAUCCACAAAGCAAUUUAAUUGUAUCGGGUAGUUUUGAUGAGAGCGUACGCAUUUGGGAUGUUCGAACCGGUAAAUGUUUAAAAACACUGCCGGCACAUUCGGAUCCAGUGAGUGCGGUUAAUUUCAAUCGUGACGGUUCGCUCAUUGUGUCAUCCAGUUAUGAUGGUUUGUGCCGUAUAUGGGAUACAGCUUCUGGUCAAUGUUUGAAAACACUCAUCGAUGACGACAAUCCGCCCGUGUCGUUUGUCAAAUUUUCACCAAACGGCAAAUACAUUUUGGCCGCCACACUUGACAACACACUUAAGCUGUGGGACUAUUCAAAGGGAAAAUGCUUAAAAACUUACAACGGCCACAAAAAUGAAAAAUACUGUAUAUUCGCCAAUUUCUCAGUCACCGGCGGAAAGUGGAUUGUAUCGGGCAGUGAAGAUAAUAUGGUUUACAUUUGGAAUCUACAAAGCAAAGAAGUUGUACAACGUUUACAAGGGCAUUCAGAUGUAGUACUUUGUACGGCCUGUCAUCCGACCGAAAAUAUCAUCGCAUCGGCCGCACUCGAAAACGACAAAACAAUCAAACUGUGGAAGAGUGAUACAUAAACUACAUAAAACCAAUCGUUUUUAAGACAUUUUUCCGAAACUUUCAAUGUAAAUCAUCUUUUCAGUUUCUUUUUUACAUUUUGAGAAGUUCUACUUGAGUUUUUAGCAUGUAAGAGAUUUUAAUUCUGGAAAUGAUUUUUUUUCUUCUUAAGUCACAUUCAAAAAAAACAUACAGAAAAACAAAAUAAUGAAAAUAUAUACGCAUAAUUUAAGUCUAUUAAACAAUUUAACUGGAGAAGAAAAAAAUAUGAUACAGAUUGCAUUUAUACAGAACCGCGCUUGUAAUGAUCUUGAAAAAACAUAUAAUUUUGACAAACUCAGAUAUAUAAUGCAGAAUAAAACGACAUUCAUUAUAUCUAGCAUUUUUCCUCCCUUUUGACAAAUAUUUUGAAGAGUUACGAAAAUAAAAUAUAUGAAUGCAGAAAGUAAA